GCAAUUUUCUUUUAACCGAACAGAAAAUUCGAGUUCCCGACGAUCUUUGGCAAGUUUCAUUCCCUGUACGAUAGUUUCAAGUUUUUCUUAGGGUUUCGAGGUUUCUUCAGUACUCUCUAUCAAUGGCUUCUAGCUCUCAUAGAGGCGGUGAUUUCUACGGGGCUGCUUCAUAUAGAUCCAGAGAUGGAUUGAGCACGAGGCAAGUAGGUAGUGCAGAUGAAAUACAGUUGCGGAUUGAUCCGAUGCACGGAGAUUUAGAUGAUGAGAUCACAGGUCUUCGCAAGCAAGUAAAACAGCUCAGAAAUGUAGCACAAGAAAUUGAGUCGGAAGCAAAGUAUCAGAAUGAUUUUAUUAGCCAACUGCAAAUGACAUUGAUCAAAGCUCAGGCAGGAGUAAAGAACAACAUGAGACGGUUGAACAGGAGUAUCAUCCAGGAAGGGUCAAACCAUGUGAUGCAUGUGGUUCUUUUUGCUCUAUUUUGCUUCUUUAUAAUAUAUUGGUUGGCCAAGUUUUCACGGAGAUAAGUGCAACUCACUUUCUAUGUUGGUUUGCUGUUUCCUGGUACAAGUUCUGAUGAAGACACAAUCUAUUCAAGCCAUCAAACAGAUUCUAAGCAGUGGCAGAUUUUUAGUGAUUUGGGAAGCAAGGGGGCAACUGUAGGAACUCCGGAUAUUAGUCUCAUGUAAAGCUUCCUAAUCUGUAGAAAACCGUGGGUUGCUACUAUUUAACCUUUUUCUUUUCAUUUUAUUGUUCUUUGUAAUACUUGCUAUAUGACAAUGACCAGUGGGUGCUUACCUUAGAAAAAUGUGAUUAUGGUGCAAUGGAGUAUGUUAUAUAAUUCUUUCGUUAAAAUAAAAGAGCCUGUUUUACAGAUAAUGUCGGGCAAAACAGUGUAUA